UUUUCGCUUCAGGUGAGAGGAGCACCGACGGAGAUCGUCGAGGGUUCGCGAGGAGUUCCGAAGAGAUGAGGGCGUAGGUGAUAAAUAGGAGUGCAUAAGCUUGCUUUCACAUUAUUUGGACUCAAAGCUGCUCUAGGUGAAUAGAGGGAGGGGGGUUAGGAGUUCUGAAGAGAUUAGGGCGAAGCAAAAUUGACACAAAGUAGACAAAUAUAGCAAUGAGUUGCAUGAGGUUUUCAAGGCGAAUCAGCAUCACUAACAGGGCUGCUCAAUUGGUGGGUGUGAGAGGGUUCGCAAUAGCUAGUGGCAAGGGAAAGAAGGGCCCGAAAGGUGGCUCUAAUGAUGCGCCUAAAGCUUCACUUAUGAGCCAUGAAGUAAAGAGCACAACAGUCGUUGGAGCCAAUAUCCUCAAGGAUGGUACUGAUCUGAAGAUAAUGCCCGAUUCUGAGUACCCAGACUGGCUGUGGCGCUCGCUCGACAAACGCCCAACGCUGAGUGAACUGCGGCGGAAGGACUCGGAAUCUCUCCCAUUUGAAGACCUUAAACGCUUCGUGAAGCUGGAUAACCGUGCCCGAAUCGAGGGAAACAAUGCUGCCAGAGCUAAAAAUUGAAGUUUAUACUAAGACAAGGUAAUAUUAUAAACUAAUACAAAUGAAUAUUACAUUAAAAGCGACAAAGACAUAUAGUGAGAGAGGUUAAUGAUAGAGGUGAAACUUUGCGUGGCAUAUGCAAUUUAGUUCAACACAAAAUACAAUCAAAUUCCAAGCUAUUAAGUAUCAACUAAAUUAACACUCAAUUAACAAAACCUAAAGUAUCUAUUCAAGAACAAAUCUUAUCAGCACAAAGUGCAUCUGCCUAGCUUACAUUGGCUUAGUUAGAUUAGUUAUGUUGAUACAAAACGAUGAUAAAAUGGAUAAAUAUAUGAUCCUAUUAAAAGAAAAACAUUCAGAUUAGAAGUUAUAAGAAAAGGUCCUUCUAAAUAACGUUUAGGUUCAAGUACAACCUAACCGACAUAUGCGUACAAAGACAACAACUUUGCGUGUGUUCGGUAUGGAUUUGAUGAUUCUUAUGCCGGCUCAACUUCUAGACAUGAGAUGGACAAGGGAUGAGUCUCUUCAUCAUACGGUACGUGGAGUUUUAUUAGCAAUAGAAACACAAGAUCUGCCCGCAUAAACAAUGAUGCGUUUAACCAAAUGAGAAAAAGAGAGACCAAGGGGAAACCAAUCAUUGUAUAGAAUCUCGUCGUAAUCUGAAACACUAAAAGAUCAAAGAGAACUCUCGACAGCCUGCUAUCAGAUCGCCAAACGAUGCUACUCUAUUACGAUUUGAACCGCUAUAAAGAAAAUAAGAAGCUAAUAUGCCUUCAGAAACAAAACAAUCGCAAGUGAAAGAACGAUUAAAGCAGAAUGAACAGAGGGAAACAUCAAAUAUUUACCUUCGCCCUCAUCUCUUGGGAACUCCCAAACGCUCGACGUCGCUGCUCCAAUCGAUCCGGAAGCGGCUUUGAAAGCGGCGAGGGGUUCAAACCCACCGCUCGCUCCUAUUUAUUGCAGAGAAGGAAGUUAACCUAAUUUAGCUAAUGUGAGAAAGGACAACGUCCGAUGGAAGAACACCGUGUCAUCCUGCUAAAUUGGCUUAAUGGGUCGAUAGUUAUCAGAUAAUUGGGCCAAAACCCAACCCUCAGCAAAUGACCGAUAUAACAUAAUAGAAUAAUAUAUUAUGCUUUUAAAUAUAAAGUUGAAUAUUACAGAAUGCAUUAUGGAAAUUGAAACGUUGAGCUUUUAUUGUUAUCUUAAUAGAAUGUGUAAUACAAUUAAGAUUUAAAUCGAAUUUUUGUCUUAAAAAAUGUAAGAUUGGAUAGCAAUAAUUAGUGUAUCCAUGCCCAACUCAUGGGAUCUCAGUUUAGGAUCAACCAUUCGAUCGUAUACUUCAAGGUCGAUAAGGAUCAUUGUUCAUUAAAUCUGAAUUUUAUUUUUUAUUAUUUUUAGAGAUUUAAUUUUUUGUUUUGACAAUAAAUCUGGGAUUAUGCAUGUCGUCUAUCUUGACUUGACUCUUGAUCAAUUUUUUAUUAGAAUUUUUUAUGAGCCAACUAUUUAAUCUUCAUAGUUGAGUCUUGUCCUUGGUCAUUUGCCUUCUGAUUGUCCUUGGUGAUUUUGUUGUUUUGGGGUUUAGAUCAGGUUCUUUUUCUUUUGUUAUGGAUGAAGGGAGAAAAGAGCUUUUAUAUCUUGAAAAAGUUGAGUCUUGUAGAUUGUUUUUGAAGGGCAUACUUUGUAUAUUUUCAUGUUUACCUUGAAUGAAUCACACCUCUAUUCCCUAGAUGAUGGCCUUGGUGUGUGUGUGGGUUUUUGUGAGACCUGUCAAGAUGCUAAUAAUUUUGUGAGGAAUAAAAAAAAUAUGAAGAUUUUCAGUUCAAGUGUUCUGCUGCAGUAGAUAUUAAUUUGUUAGAGUAGAUCAUUUUGGUGCUUCUUUGUGGUUUUCUUCUAAUUGGCCAUCCUAGUUGAUGAUGAAUCUCUUGUUAUAUUUUCAUGCUCGAAAAGUGAAAUAUAUUAUUCUAAUUCAUUUAGUUUGUAUUUUAAGAACCAUUUCGUGUGCACAUUGCUUCUAGCAGACAUUGUUACCAGAGUGGAACUCUUUUGUGUUUGCCAUCUUGGUUAAAGAUCCUCCUGUUAUUUCUGACCGGAGUGGAACACUUACAGACUGGAAACCAUUUUGCGAGAUUGGAACAUUUUUGUGUUUGCCAUCCUGGUUAAAUAUCCUCCUGUUAUUUUUGACAUACAGUGAAAGAUGAAAUACUUGAUUCUUAUCUAUUUAGUUUGUAUUUAAAGAAUGGUUGAGUUAUUCAUACUAUUCUGCUAUAUUGAUGAAAACUCUACCUAAUUCAAUUAUGUUCCACACCUUUGUGUUAUACCUGUGGAAAUGUUAUUUGAUUGGUGAUUCAAGUCAGAUUCAUAUCAUAAAUAUCUGUAUUUGACCAUGCCUGU